AUGGACUCCCCCGCCGUCCCCGCUCCGCUAGAUCCGCAUGAGCAACCCAUCCUCGACAAGCUCCUCCGCACUCGCGACGCCCUCCUUCUGAUCAAACAAGACAAGUCCUCUUACAUCAAGUCUCGCGAUGUUCUUCCUCUCUACGAAGAAGUCAUCGCCGAGGUGGAGAAACUCAAUGCCGUGCGCAAGCAGCAGGAUCGCCGGCUAGAAUACAACAGACUGGACUACGUUCUGGACGACUGCUUCCAAUUGAUCUCGUUGCUGUUCCUCACCGUGGGGAGAAAUAAUGAGGCCCCCGCAGUAUACUCUCUCGCCACCACCGUCCAGCGUCUUCUUGAUCAUCUCGAAGAAGCCGGCUUUUACAGCUCCAAAGACCUCGCGUCCAUAACCAAGACCCUCGAUUCGAUGCGCGAGACCCUGGAACGCGGACACGAGACACAUUCGCCCGCCUUGUUGACACUGCUAGAAAGUCGUCUCGAAAAGUGCCAACUGCACUUGAAAAAAUUGCAGGAACGCCUGACGGCGAUGAGCCCGGAGCUAGCCUCGACCCAUGAGACGCUGGUGUCCAUCCUGCGAUCUACCUCUGCAGUCAACACUCGCUCCAAGUUCUCCGCCGCCGAAGUCAACAACCUCCGCAAACAGUUGAAGAAGAUCGAAGAUAGCAUGAAGGACGGGAACUUUGUGGGGCCGGACGGGACACCGCUGGCGGGCCAGGAAGGCGUCAAAACCCUGAUGCAACGUUGCUGGCGGUGGACGGAGAUUGUUCUGGAGCGGGAGGGCAAAAUCGAUGAGCGGUUUCAAGAACAGUACGAACGCCUGCUGGACAUUCGGAACCAGCUGGAUCGACUGUCGGUCACGCAGGCCUGGUCACUGCGGGAGACCGAUCUGUUUGGCUAUCAGCGCAAGCUCGAUCGGAUCGACGAGGCGCGGGUGAAUGGGAACUUUGUGGAUGCGGAAGGACGCCCAGCGGAUCUCCAUGCGCAGAGGACCCUGUUGUAUCUGAUCCGACGAAGCUAUGGCUACAUCUAUGCCCUGCUGAUUUCGUCCGAACCGGUGUCGGAGGCCCUGCUUCCUGUAUACAACCAGCUGCAGACACUGCGGCGGUGUCUCAUCGAAGUGAAGGAAUCCGGCGGCGUGGCGAACCCCCGCGAGCUCUACCCGUACAGUAUGAAGCUGAAUUCCAUCGACAACAUGCGCGUGGACGGCAAAUUCUACGUGGGCAGCGACAUUCCCGAGGGUCAGGGAAGUGUCAACGCGCUGCUGGCGGAGUGCUACGACAUCGUGUGGGAGCUGCGGGCGGCCGUAGCAGACGAAGAGGAGCAACGGUAA